AUGUGUGCACCCGGGAAGGAGCAGAGAGGGCUCCGGAGUGCGGCUCCAACCCCUCUGGCUCUCUAUCCUGCCUCUAACCAAGGGGUACACACUGCGGAAAAAGUAGAAGCAGCUCAGAAGUGCAGCCCCAAGCUCUCAGGCCCUGGCCACGCCCCCAAACAAGGCGGUGGCCGCCAGCACACUGUGGGAGAAGAAGCAGUCCCCGCUCACUUCACGUCCAGCUCUCCCACCAAAGCCACUGGUGACAGGCACACUGCAAAGGGUAGCUCCCCACAAGGACAUGCCUUUGAGACCUGGACAGACUACCUAGAGAUUUGUCAAUUUGUUGAUCUUUUCAAAGAAGCAAGUUUUGGAGUCCUGUGCCAGCUGCAGUCCCGUCCCAGCUGCCGCGCCUGUUGCCGCGCUACGCCCGCCGCCGGCUCCGAGCUGCUGCGCCUGACGUCGCCGCCCGCCGCGCGGGAGCAGGGCGCCGAGUCGCGGCCGCCGCCGCCGCACGGGGAGCUGCAGUACUUGGGGCAGAUCGAGCACAUCCUCCGCUGCGGCUUUCGGAAGGAUGACCGCCCGGGCACCGGCACCCUGUCGGUGUUCGGCAUGCAGGCGCGCUACAGCCUGAGAGAUGAAUUUCCUCUGCUGACAACCAAACGUGUUUUCUGCAAGGGUGUUUCGGAGGAGUUGCUGUGGUUUAUCAAGGGAUCCACAAACGCUAAGGAGCUGUCUUCCAAGGGAGUGAAAAUCUGGGAUGCCAAUGGGUCCCGAGACUUCUUGGACAGCCUGGGAUUCUCCACCAGAGCAGAAGGGGAUUUAGGCCCAGUUUAUGGCUUUCAGUGGAGGCAUUUUGGGGCCGAAUACAAAGAUAUGGAUUCAGAUUAUUCAGAUCAAGGAGUAGAUCAACUGCAAAAAGUGAUUGACACAAUCAAAACCAACCCUGACGACAGAAGAAUCAUCCUGUGUGCUUGGAAUCCAAAAGAUCUCCCUCUCAUGGCCCUACCCCCGUGCCACGCCCUUUGCCAGUUCUACGUGGUGAACGGUGAGCUGUCCUGCCAGCUGUACCAGAGGUCAGGAGACAUGGGCCUGGGUGUGCCCUUCAACAUCGCCAGCUACGCCCUGCUCAUGAUCGCACACAUCACGGGCCUGAAGCCAGGUGACUUUGUACACACUUUGGGAGAUGCACACAUUUACCUGAAUCACAUUGAGCCGCUGAAAAUUCAGCUUCAGCGAGAACCAAGGCCUUUCCCCAAGCUCAGAAUCCUUCGAAAAGUUGAGAAAAUUGAUGACUUCAAGGCUGAAGACUUUCAGAUUGAAGGCUACAAUCCUCACCCGACUAUUAAAAUGGAAAUGGCUGUUUAGAGUGCUUUUGAAGGAGUUGUUUGAAGGGUAUUUACACCUAGGUGAAAGUUCAUUUUGCUCUAAAGGAGAAGGAACUAGGUCAAAACCUGUUGGUGAUCUAUCAAUCAGUUAUUCAUUAACUUUUAAGGAUGUUGCCACUGGCAAAUAGAACUGUGCUGGUUCUCUUAGUAAUAAAAGACCUGGAGUUAGGGUAACUCACUGAGGAUGUAUGUAAAUGUAGAGAUUGUGAAUAAAGACAGGAAAGAGAAAAUUUAUAUACUCUUAAUUAAAACUUCAUAAUGUUUUUAUGAAAA